UUCUUGAUCCAAAUUUCUGGUACGAUGAUCUUCCUGACAACCUUCAACAACCUCUGAAACUAGAAAACCCAAACUUCAAGUCAUUAAUCCAAAAUUUGAGACCUCUUACAGACCUCUAUUUGGAUAGUGUGAACAUUUCAACUCAAAGUAGUGAAUGCUGUGAGACCACAUCCAUAAUACUUCCUAACUUGCAUGUGUUAAGUCUGUCGAAUUGUGGGUUGACAGGUCCAUUUUGUUCUUCACUCUCAAGACUUCCUUUUCUUUCCAAACUUUUCCUUGGUAGGAACCCGAUCUCUUAUUUACCUCCCAAUUUGUUGGAAAUUUCCUCUCGUUUGAUUUCUCUCAGUUUAGUGAAUUGCAAUUUGAGUGGGCAUUUUCCAACAGAAAUUCUCAAGUUGCCAAAAAUAGAAAGCAUUGACAUUUCAAAUAAUUACGCUCUUGGAGGUCAGUUGCCAGAAUUUCCAUCAAACAAUGCUUUACGGAUCUUAACGAUUUCUGAUACAAAUUUCAGUGGAAAACUACCAGAAUCAAUUGAUCUGGAGUUCCAAAUCUUGGAUAUCUUUGUUUGUGGGGGAACCACCUCUCUGGAUCAAUACAUUCUUCGUUAUUUACUCUCCCAUCAUUGCAUACAUUGCUUCUUGAAGUAAAUCAAUUGGUUGGUGAAAUUCGUGAGAUCCCCAUUGCGUCUUCUUCAUUGAUUGAAGUAUUGUAUUUAGGCUUCAAUAGCUUUAGUUGCGUAAAGCUCGACGUAUUCUUCCAACUCAAGAACUUAAGUUGUCUUCAACUUUCCAAUAUAAAUUUAUCAAUUGAAGGCAACAUCACAAGCCUUGCUUUUCCCCAAUUAGAGAUGCUGUAUCUACACUCAUGCAACCUUACUGAAUUUCCAGAAUUCAUCAAAACACAAGACAAGUUGGCUUUUCUAUAUCUUCCUGACAACCAAAUCCAUGGUUUUGUGCCUAAUUGGUUGUGCAAGACCACUCUUUUGAGUUUAGACCUUUCUUUCAAUACGAUUGAUUUUCCAACAGAUGUUCCUUUUGGUGAUGCAAACUCCUCUUUUCCAAUGUUGAGUUACUUGCGUUUACGAUUCUGUAACCUAAGUAUGUUUCCAGAGUUUUUAAAGAGUCAAACUAGUUUAAAAGAUCUUGACCUUUCAAAUGACAAAAUAAGUGGUGCAGUACCAAACUGGGUGUGGAAGAAAAGUUUGUGGUAUCUGGAUCUUUCUAACAAUUCUCUCUCAUCUUUGGACCAAUUUUCGCUCAACCAAUCUCUAACUUCUUCACAAGGCUCUUUAUCAAGACCUAUUUGCAAUUUGAGGCAACUUGAGACCUUUAAUGCAUCCUUUAACAAAUUAAGUGGGCCAAUCCCAAGUUGCUUGGGCAAUAUCAGUUCUCUCAGAUCUUUGGAUCUACAGAAAAAUAAUUUCAGCGGCAACAUACCGGAUUUUGCGAAAGCAACCCAAUUAUAUUGGCUUCAACUCAAUGACAAUAAAUUGAAAGGAAAGUUGCCAAGAUCAUUGGCCAAUUGCACAAUGCUCGAAGUUUUAAACCUUGGAAACAAUACUUUGUAUGAUACAUUCCCUUCGUGGUUGGGAAAAUUGCCUUGGUUGGUGGUUCUUAUAUUGAGAGCAAAUAGGUUUUACGGUCCAAUUAAACAUGUGAAAAAUUAUUUUCAAGACUUGGAUGUGUUAGACGUUGCUUUUAAUAAUUUUUCUGGGCAAUUACCAAUUGAAUUCUUUCAAACCACUGAACUAAGGUCACUCAUAAUCAGUGAGAAUAAGUUGGAAGGGAAGUUGCCGAGGUCAUUAGCCAAUUGCAGAAAUCUUGAAGUUUUGGACCUUGGAAAAAAUAUGAUACAGGACACAUUUCCUUUUUGGUUGGUGAAAUUGCCUUUUUUGAAAGUUCUUGUACUAAGAGCAAAUAGAUUUUAUGGUCCAAUUAAAAUUUUUGGGGAUGAAGAUACUUUGCCAGAGUUACACAUACUAGACCUUGCUUCCAAUAACUUUUCAGGUGAGUUAUCCGUUGGAUUUUUUCAAUCUUUGAAGGCAAUGAGAAUGAUGACUGAUGGCAACAGAGCUAAGCCAGAUUAUAUUGGAGAUGAUUACUACCAGACUCUGUAACAAUUGUGAAUAAAGGGUUUGUAAUUUUUUACGAGAAAAUCUUAACCAUCCUUAUCUUGUCUUGAC